ACCAGUGCCGUCAGCUAAGUUUCAGCGUCGGGACCAUGGACAGCGCCCGCGGCCGGGGUCUGGGGCGCCUGGACGCCGCGGGCUUCUGGCAGGUCUGGCAGCGCUUCGACGCGGACGAAAAAGGUUACAUAGGAGAGAAGGAGCUUACUGGUUUCUUUCACCAUAUGCUGAUGAAACUGGGUACUGAUGAGUCAGUCAUGGAAGAAAACGUGCUCAAGAUGAAACGACAGUUUCUGACUGCCCAUGGUGUCCCCAAAGAAGGUCACGUAGGGAUGAAAGAGCUGGCCAGUAUGUUCUUGUCUGAAGAUGAAAACUUUCUUCUCCUCUUUCGCCUGGAAGCCCCCUUGGAUAGCAGUGUGGAGUUCAUGCAGAUUUGGCGCAGAUACGAUGCAGACAGCAGUGGCUUUAUAUCAGCGGCUGAGCUUCGAAACUUCCUCCGAGACCUCUUCCUUCACCAUAAAAAGGCCAUUUCUGAGGCAAAACUGGAAGAGUACACUGACACCAUGAUGAAAAUCUUUGACAAAAAUAAGGAUGGUCGGUUGGAUCUCAAUGACCUGGCAAGGAUUCUGGCUCUUCAGGAAAACUUCCUUCUCCAAUUUAAAAUGGAUGCCAGUUCUGCUGAUGAGAGGAAGAGGGACUUUGAGAAGAUCUUCGCCCACUAUGAUAUUAGCAAAACUGGAGCCCUAGAAGGCCCAGAAGUGGAUGGCUUUGUCAAAGACAUGAUGGAGCUGGUCCAGCCCAGCAUCAGCGGAGUGGACCUUGACAAGUUCCGGGAGAUUCUCCUGCGUCACUGCGAUGUGAACAAGGACGGGAAAAUCCAGAAGUCCGAGCUGGCUUUGUGUCUCGGGCUGAAAAUCAAUCCCUAG